CGGCUCGGCGUACUGUCCGUCGUUUCCUUGCGGCAGAGGAGAGGAGGUGGUGUCGAGAGACUGGAAACGUUUAACAUCAGAAUCCCAAUCAACUCCACUGUACAAUGAAAUUAACUUCAUUCACGCCCGCCUCUGAACUCCACUAUUUCGCCAUACUACUGAUAACCGGACUGUACACUCCAGGGCGAGGGGAGAUCACCAGUCUGGAUUCAGGGAACAUCGACGACAUUCUCAACAAUGCUGGAGUGGCUUUAGUCAACUUUUAUGCAGACUGGUGUCGGUUCAGUCAAAUGCUGCACCCUAUCUUCGAGGAAGCCUCAAAUGUGGUGAGAGAAGAAUAUCCCGAACAUUCGCAGGUGGUGUUUGCCCGUGUGGAUUGUGACCAACAUACCGACAUAGCACAACGCUACAGGAUCAGUAAAUACCCGACUCUGAAGCUCUUCAGGAAUGGGAUGAUGAUGAAGAGGGAGUACCGAGGUCAGAGGUCAGUGUCGGCCAUCGCCGACUUCAUCCGGCAACAGAAAGUGGACCCGAUCACAGAAAUCCACAGCCUGGAAGAGGUCAACAAAGUAGAUAGGUCUAAGCGAACCAUCAUCGGCUACUUCGACCAGAAGAACUCCGAGAACUACCACACAUACGAAAGGGUGGCAAAUAUCUUGCGAGACGACUGCGUGUUCCUGGCAGCAUUCGAUGAGGUGUCUAAGCCCGAGAGGUUCAGUGGCGAUAACAUUAUCUACAAGCCAGUAGGAGAGACCGUUCCGGACAUGGUGUAUCUCGGCUCACUCACAAACUUUGACCUGACGUACGCAUGGGUGCAGGACAAGUGUGUGCCGCUGGUCCGAGAAAUCACUUUCGAGAACGGAGAGGAGCUGACAGAAGAAGGCAUUCCAUUCCUGAUCCUCUUCCAUCAGAAGGACGAUACAGAAAGUCUAGAAAAGUUCCAGCAGGAGGUGGCACGCCAGCUUAUCACUGAGAAGGGCUCUAUAAAUUUCUUGCACGCCGAUUGCGAUAAGUUUCGGCACCCUCUAUUACACAUCCAGAAGACUCCUGCCGACUGCCCCGUCAUUGCUAUAGACAGUUUCCGCCACAUGUAUGUCUUCCCAGAAUUCAACGACCUCUCGGUUCCAGGAAAACUGAGGCAGUUUGUGUUAGACCUCCACUCAGGAAAGCUGCAUCGAGAGUUCCACCAUGGGCCUGACCCUACAGACAGCACUCCAGGACAGCAGGAGGAGAACAAAGAGGUGGGCACCAAUCCUCCAGAGAGCUCAUUCCAGAAGCUAGCACCCAGCGAGAACCGGUACACCAUCCUCAGGGGUCGGGACGAACUGUGACCUCGUCUCACGUCACCACCUAGCGCAGAACACCCGGCAGGCAGCCACCUGCGUCACCUCUAUUUUCAUAACUUUUAUUUUGGCUAAAAAAAAAACAAACAAAAAACACAAA